GUGUCACCUCUUGCCGCACCUCAGCCACAUGCUACGGUGUGGCAUACGGCCCCAUGUACGCCACAUCGGCCACCCUCGCCACCGGCACACCCGGCGUCUGCCACAUAGCCACGCAGCCACAGGUGCCGUCCGGCCUCGCCAACUACACCGGCUACAUCGCCCUCAUCCGCGGCAGGGUCGACUCGGGUUGCGACGAGAUCCUUGGCUACGAGAAGCUUGGUGCAGCGGGCUGCAUUUGGUUGUCAGACGUCACCCUUGACCGGGACUCCGGGCGAGCCGCGUGCAAGACAAGGGGGGGUGACUUGGCAGUUCUUGACACGACUGACAAGUACGACGCUGUUGCCAAGCAGCUGCAGGCUAUACGUUGCGACGAGAUCCUUGGUUACGAGAAGCUUGGUGCAGCGGGCUGCAUUUGGUUGUCAGACGUGACCCUUGACCGGGACUCCGGGCGAGCCGCUUGCCAAGCAAGGGGGGGUGACUUGGCAGUUCUUGACACGACUGACAAGUACGACGCUGUUGCCAAGCAGCUGCAGGCUAUAC